AUGGCAAAUCACGCAAUUUUUUACGGUGCGACUCAGUUGGUACUACAGGCUCAUAAGGAGGCCGUGAAUUCAUUGGGUGAGAAUGGUCCUGCAAAAUUGGGAACAGUUGCAACUGUUGUGGCUGUAGCCAAUGCCACUGCAAUUGAAGCAACAAAGGAGGAUAUUCGUGCACGUGAUUCUACCAUCAAUGAAAUUGAAGAGAAGUUACAGGAGACUGCAGAAGCAGUUGAAACUGCUGCUUCUGCAGCACGCUCAAUUGAUGAAGAGAGAAGAUUUUUACGUCAGAACUUGAACGUUUUGCUUAGGUUUAGGGAAUCGGAGGAGAAAGCAAAGCUUCUUGUUGAAGAGAGAUCGUUUGCUAACAGAGAGAGAUUCUGCUCUUCAAGAAGCUCAGGUGUGGCGCUCAAAACUAGGAAAAGCUAG